GUACGCGUGGCAACCCAAUUAGCAUUUUUUUUAAAAGUUGUGGGACCCACCUGUCAUAUCUCCCCUUCUCCUCCUCCUCUCUUCACACUCUCUCCCUUUCUCUCUCUCAUGGGGCGACACAGAAGGAGUGAAGAAGUGCACCCAAGCGCAUGGGGGGCGGCCACCCGAGUGCUGUGAAGAAGUGUCGGAGCACAGUCAGCGGCGGUGGCAGACGGAUGACGCCGACACCGAGACACCGUCGCCGCGUUCCCGGCUCUACGUGUUCAUCAGGGCGUCGCUCCUGUUGUCCGUCUUCUUCCUCGCCGCCAACGCCAAUGGCCAUGGCCACGUCCUCGUCGCCUCCGUCGACUUGUUCCACUCCUUGUGGGUGCGCUUCCGGGCGCGCCUACGUCUCCCCGCCGCUCCAACUCCUCGCCGACGCAUGCGUCGUGCGCUUCCUCGUCCAGAGCGCCGACUGCCUCGUCUGGUGCCUCGGCUGCCUCUACAUCCAUCUCAACCGCAUCAAACCUAAACCCAUCUCCUCGCCGGCAAUAGAUAGAGAGAGAGAGAGAGCGGGGGGCUGGGAGAGAGGUUGGGCGAAGAGAGGGAUGACAGGUGGCCCAGGGGUUAUUUAACUUUUUUAUUUUUGCUGACUAGUCUGCCACGUUUGGUGCCACGUGUACUAGCUCAAGUCAAAACCGCUCAGAACAGUGUUCAGGUAGGUCAUUAGUUCAGUAUAAAUAGUUUAGGGUGUAAAAUGUCUGGUAUUAGAGUUUAGGGGGUAAUUCGGUUGACCGCAAUAGUUUAGGGGAGUAAUUCGAACUUUUUCCAAUUUGAUAUUACUCAGAGAGUAUUAUAAACCAAACCUUAAGUAUGGUAAUGACUGUUAAUUUUUUGUUUUUACAAUGUGUUAUUUUGCGCAGUGAUGCAGCUGUGUCUUGAUUGAAGAAGAGUAGAAGACCAUGGAAAAACAUAGCAGAGCAAAUGCUAAGACUACAGGGCCCAUGUACCGCAGGCCGAGAAUGGUUACAUACUGUCUAAAUCGGCAUAACCAGCCCAUACCAAAGUAACACCACCUACUCCUUACACAACAAAGACCAUUGACGAGCCCAGCAGAGCCUAGCCAAAACACCAGUUGUGGGUUCGAAAAAGUAUACCGAAGGUCCCUCAACUUGUUAUCGAGUUACAAAAUCGUCCCCUAACCGUAAAACCGGAUACAACGCAUCCCCCAACUUACAAAACCAGUGUAGAUUAGAUCCCUCGGUUGUUUUGCACCCGGUUUUAUCCGACGUGGCGGCUGAGUCAGCGUGGGACCCACGUGGACCCCACAUGUCAGAAUGCCACGUCAGCAGGCUGGCCUCUCCCUUCCUCUCCUUUCCUCCUCUCUCUCUCUCUCACUCCUCUCUGGACUGGGCAGGGCGGCCGACGGUGGGGAGGAGGUCGCCGGGUGAGGAGGUCCGACGGUCGGCCGGCGAUGCGGCGGCGGAGACACGGGAGAAUGGGAGGGCGGUGGCAGGGCGAGGCGGCGUCGGCGGGCGAGCGCAGUGGCGGAGAGGUGGCCGCGGCGACGACGCCGUCGCGGCUCCCACUCCCUCUCCCACUCCUCCCCAAGCAGCGGCGGCGGCGGCCACCGAGCAGCGGCGCGACGAGGGCAUCGUUCGCCAUGGCGGCGGCACCUAGGCUCAGCGGCGGCGAGGCGUUCCGGCUGUCGGCGGAUGCGGGCGCGGGCGCGCUCAAGCUGCACAAGGACGACAUCACACUCUGGUCCGUCGACGGCGCCACCGUCGCCAUCGUUAAUGCUGCUAAUAAACGAAUGCUAGGAGGUGGAGGUGUUGAUGGAGCUAUACAUCGAGCUGCUGGACCUGAACUCGUAGAGGCCUGCCCAGUCCAGAGACGCGGGGCUGACAGAUUCUCCUACGCCGACGAGCUUCUCAAGGCGUUCUGCGCUGCCUUUCCUUCUUCUUCAUCGUCGUCGCCUGCGCCGCCGCCGACGCAGCCGCAGCCAGAGCAGCAGAAACCGGUGGUGGUGGUGGUGUAGGAGAAUCCGCCAGCCCCGACGACGGCCUCUCCGGCCAAGGCGAAGCUGGCGGCCGCGAGGCAGGUGCCAGGCGGCGUGCCUAGAUCCAAGAGGAGGUGAGCUUUCUUCACUUUGCCUCCACGCUCACCCACGCCGUCGCCUUCGGCUUCCCGCGUCGCAGCCGCAGCCGCAGCCGCCGCCGCCGCCGCCUCCUCUCCGCCACCGCGCUCGCCCGCCGACGCCGCCUCGCCCUGCGGCCGCCCUCCCAUUCUCCCGUGUCUCCACCGCCGCAUCGCUAGCGACCUCCUCCCCACCGUCGACCGGCCUGCCAAGUCUAGAGAGGAGUGAGAGAGAGAAAGAGAGAGAAGAGAGGAAAGGAGAGGAAGGGAGAGGCCAGCGUGCUGAAGUGGCAUCCUGACAUGUGGGGCCCACGCUGACUCAGCCGCCACGUCGGAUAAAACCGGGUGCAAAACCACCGAGAGACCUAAUCUACACUGGUUUUGUAAGUUGGGGGAUGCGUUGUAUCUGGUUUUGUGGUUAGGGGACAAUUUUGUAACUCGAUGACAAGUUAAGGGACCUUCGGUGUACUUUUUCCUUGUGGGUUAA